AUGGCGGUGCCUUUCUUGCAAAUGCUGCCCGAACCCGAACUGUCGACGGUCGAAUGCACGUUCGCGCUGAUCGUCGACGCCGUGUUCGGGUUCAGCAGCUUCAAACCGCCGGUGACGGAGGCUAUCGAUCUCCCUUCGGGCUGGCACGUGGAUAACGGCGAGCCCGAAGAGCGAAGCGGCCUACUUCCCGAAAUGCUGAUAUCGCUGAUGUGCCCGAAAAGGGGCGCGCUCGAUUUCAGAGGAAUCUACCACUAUUUGGGAGGCAGAUUCGUGCCGGCCGCGUUGGAGGAAAAGUUCGAGAUGAACCUGCCGGAGUACCCGGGAACGGACUGCUGUGUCCUCAUCAGCUGCGAUUGCGAGGAUGAGGAACAUCAGAAAGAGCAUUAG